GUUCAAAAGCCCAUGUUUAGCGGGUUGUUGACGUGCGUCACAUGCCUGGUAUUUCCGUAGCUUUAGGUGGACGAAACGCUUCCCUGCUCAGCUCUUAAGUGAGGGUUGAACUGGAGUCUUCAAUGUUUCCUGUCCCACAGUAGCUUGUGCCCCCUAAAUGGACAUGUUUUCUUUUACACGCUUUCCUGUUCAGUCCUCUGGCUGUUUGUUGAGCUGGAUCACGCCGGAAAAACACGACUCCUCUGAGAUACACAGCAGACAGCUGGCAGAGAGCAACGUUCACAGAAGCCGGCAUUCAGCAGCGAGAAGAGGAAGAAGAGUGGAGCGCCUCUGAGCACAGCUGAGGGGAAUUCAGUCCAAACUCAAGAAGGAUUUCCAGCUCUGGACUUUUACCUUAUCCUUUUUUUAAAACCCUCCUUCUUUUUUGUUUUGUUGAGGGACGAUUGACUGAAACUGCCUUUUAAGUUUUUUCGUAAGCUGUCUGUACUUGAUGGAUGACUGAGAAGUAAAAAGCUCUAUACUUUUUCUGCUCUGUGAACCUGUUUUUCCCCAACAACUUUGAAAGAAACCCAAUCAGCCAAAGGGGAAUUUUCUGGCUUGCGUCAUUUUUCAUUUUCCCUUUGUUACUUCUCGGCGUUUUCCUGAUUAUGUUUGGUUUCUCAUAAGAGGAAGAAGAGAAAAAAGGCUGUUUCCCAAGAGCCUCAGUCAAAAGCCUGAAACAGUUUGGGAUUUACUCCUUUAGUGUUACUCCUCUGUGAUCAGACCUGUGAGUUUCUUCUCUGAAAAUGGGAUCUGAAAAGGACUUGGAGUCGCCUCACUCAUCUGUCAGCGGCAUCCCCAACCCUAAGUGCCAUGCGGCAGGCAAACGCCAGCGCCGCAUCUCAUUCCACAGCCUCUUCCACAGCAAACGGAGCUCUCGGAGCACCAGGGCUCCAAAAGGAGGAGCAGCCACGUCUUUGACUCAACAUCACUUCACACAACAGCAAGUGCUCUCUUCUACUUUGAGUUCAGCCCCCGUCACAUCUGCUACACCCUCCGCCACAGCAGCCACGACCGGACAGGAUGCAGCCUACAGCACCCCUUCAAAGCCUCUCUCCUCCAGCCAGCAGUCCCUCAGUGGUGCCCCCGCUGCUGCCGCCGCCUUCGGAGAGUCCAACCUACUGGAGUGUCCCCUGUGCCUGGUGCGUCUGCCUCCCGAGCAGCUGCCCGAGCUGCUGGGCUGCAGUCACCGCUCCUGCCUCUGCUGCUUGCGCCAGUACCUGCGCAUCGAAAUCACUGAGAGCCGAGUCCAGCUGAGCUGCCCCGAGUGCGCUGAGAGGCUGGCCCCGCGACAGGUAGCAGACAUCCUGGAUGACACGGCUCUGCUGGAGAAAUAUGAGGAGUUCCUGCUGAGAAGAUGCCUUGCCUCUGACCCAGACUGUAGGUGGUGCCCUGCGCCUGACUGUGGGUUCGCCGUCAUUGCCUCGGGCUGUGCCAGCUGUCCCAGGCUGGUUUGUCGCAGAGAGGGCUGUGGCGCCGAGUUUUGCUACCACUGCAAACAGGCAUGGCACCCCAACCAGACCUGCGAUUCAGCUCGCCAGCAGAGGGCGCAGUCUCUGCACACUCACAGCAACCACUCGCCCAGUUUCACACAGGAGCAGGGACCCGCGGAUGACAUCAAGCCCUGCCCUCGCUGUGGCGCCUACAUCAUCAAGAUGAACGACGGCAGCUGCAAUCACAUGACCUGCGCCGUCUGCGGCUGCGAGUUCUGCUGGCUGUGCAUGAAAGAGAUCUCUGACCUGCACUACCUCAGCCCUUCAGGCUGCACAUUCUGGGGGAAGAAGCCGUGGAGCAGGAAAAAGAAGAUCCUGUGGCAGCUGGGGACUCUGAUCGGAGCGCCUGUCGGCAUCACUCUCAUCGCAGGCAUCGCCGUUCCUGCCAUGGUCAUCGGUAUACCAGUUUAUAUCGGCCGCAAGAUCCAUGCGCACUACGAGCUGAAGAAGUCUUCUCGCCACAAGAGGAAUUUAGCUAUCACUGGGGGCGUGGCCCUGUCGAUUGUUACCGCCCCUGUCAUCGCAGCCGUAAGCAUUGGCAUCGGUGUUCCUAUCAUGCUGGCCUAUGUGUACGGAGUGGUGCCCAUCUCGCUGUGCAGAGGAGGCGGCUGCGGCGUGAGCAGGGGGAAAGGCCGGGGUGUCCGGAUCGAUUUCGAUGAGGACGACGGUCCAAUCACAGUGGCGGAUGCAUGGCGAGCACUCAAGUCUCCAAGCCUUGGGGAGAGCAGCUUAGAAGGAGCGGUCAGCGGUCUGAGCACCACCACGCCCAGCGAGGGGCUCUCCGUGGCCCCGGGGACUCUGGGAGACACCCCUCACUUCAACACACUGGCUGGUGGCGUUCUGGGAACUCGCACCGGCAAAUACAGCAGGCUGGAAGUUCAAACAGGAGAGCUGGCUAAAGAAUCUUCCCAAAGGGAGACAGGCAGUCUGGGAGCAGGAAGUGACUCUGCCAGCACCAGAGGGAUGGCUGGAUCCAUCAUCUCCUCCUACACCCUACCUGACAGGGACGGAACCAACCUGGAGAUCCAGGUGGACAUUGAGACCAAACCAAGCCACCUUUGCCUGACCAGCGAAGAGGACCUAACACCACACCCAGGCUGUGCUGCCACAGUGACAGGCUCAGGAGGGGAAGAGCCCCAGGACUGCAGCUCCAGAAGGGGUGGGGCUUUGUCUGGCUCAGUGUUGGGUCUAUCACCGGGAGCCUCAAUCAGGGAGGGGCUUAGGGAUGUCACUUUGGCCCAGCCGGAGAGCAUCCGCAGCGACCUGGAGAUGUCGGACACCCAGUCUGACGACAUUGCAGAGUUGACAUCCGACGACUGCGACUCGCCUCAUCCCAAGAGCUGCCACCCAGCUGCAGGCCAACCGCCACAGCCCACCUCCUGCAGAGCACCCCCCACAGACGGCCUUCACUGUCCCACAGACAGCAAAGUCGUCCUCUACGUCUGAGAAGCCGCCGGGGUCGCCCAAAAACUUUUAAACGUUCACAGCCAGUUCCGCUCUGUUUUAAACACGUUCAUCUCAUCUGCUGCUUUUGCAACCUGCAGACUCUGUCUUUACUACAGACGGCGUUUGUUUACUCCUGUCCGUCUGUCUUACCUGCCAGUCUCCUCUCUGAGUAAAUGGUCAGGGCUCUACCUCUGAGAUUUGUAAGAUAAGGACCUAAGUUUACUUCUUGGUGCAAAAUGCCUCGACUACUUAAGCAAAAAACAAAAAAGAAAAAAACAGAAAAGGAAAAAAAUUACAAAACCAACUUAAAAAGUUUUUGCAAAGCUGAACUGAUUAGGUGAAAUAUCACCAAGCACAGCAGAGAGAAGCAGUGUUGGAUGAAUGUUUGCAUAUGUUAAAAAGUGUUAUGUGUGACUGAAUGAGAGUUUUUAACUCUUGUGGCUUUUUUCCUCCCCUUUUUUUCAUAUUUAUAUUUGAACAACCGAGAAAUUGUAUUGUUUUAGUCACAUGUACGAGUCUGCAUCAGCCAUUGUUUGGGAUGAGAGAGCAGCGAGUUUCUGUGACACUGAUGUAAGUUUACUUAAAACAACAGAGCUGCACUUGAAUGUAGCUUCGUUGCGUGGAGGAGGAAGAAGAGGGGCGUCAACACGGCAGAAAUAAAUGAAUGAGGGCAUUCUGACAGCCAUGCUGAGAGGUCAGAAGUAAUUGUGGAGCACAAAAAGAGCCUUUUUAUGUUUACUCCAAAAAUAUCUUGCCAAGAAGACUUUGAAAGUGUGAAUAUUUUAAAACAAAAGUGAUGCGAAAACAGCAAAACUGAAUGGUUCUGAAAAAUCCAUCUAUGAAAUAUGAACACUUAUUCUACUCAUAAAAUCAAAAUGUUCUUGAAAAAGUUAAAUAUUUACAUGUUUUUCUCCAGGGUGCUUUUGUUUUAAAUUGUUUCAGGAGGCCUUGUUCAGAUACAAGUGUUAAGAGAUGUGAUUAGAAGUUUCCCAAAAAGUGAACAUUUUGCCAAAAAAAAGUUAAUCUGCUAAAUUUACGGAUUACAGAUUUGUCUUAAAGGUCGCUUUAAAUCCAUACAAAGAUGAGAAUCAUAGUCUAAUCAUUUUAUUCAAAUGUUUAAUCAAACUUAUUUAUUUUUCCUUUAUUGAAUAAGCUACAUUAGAAAACAUGAGGUGACAAGAUCCUUUUACUGUAAAAAGCAGUGAAAGAAAACUUUUUCAACACUUAAUGACAUCAUCAGUUUGGAUGAAAGAAUGUUUUUUGGUGUUUUAUUAACACAAGCUGGAUAUCUUUAGAUGUUGUAUUGUGACUGGAACCAAAGAGUCUCUUCAGUUAAUAGGAAAAGUUUUGGAGUGAAAACUCUCAUUAGACUGUCCAGUUGCUGUCAGAACCGCCCAUCUCACAUUUGUUUCUGUGGCCUAGUUGACCAGGUUUGUGUUUGCCAGCUGGCCACCCGCCCGCCUGCCUUAUCGACCCUCGCUGACCAGCACAAAGACACACACCCGCCUGUUUUGAGGUGGUUCUGGCUUUGACGUGUUGACUGUCUGACCCAUUUCAGUGGUGUGUGUGCGUGUGUGUAUGGAUAUAUAUGUGUGUGUGAAAGGACAAACAACUGUUUCAAGUAAUUGUAUGCCCCACUUUUUUUCUUUUUGACUCAGCACUUUUGCACUUUACCUGAAUGUAUCUUAAUUUAUCGGUUUUGUUUUUCAUUGUGUGUUGCUGUCACUGAGUUUACUUGAGUAGCAAACGAAAGUCUGUGGUACAACCAAACCAAUCCGCUACCAGACGGCCUUUUCUGUGGGAUGUAACCAAGGAAGAGUUUGGCUCUAAAACACUUUUGUCAAGUCACUGCUGUGAUGCUGACAGAAAGCAUGGUUUACAGUGUUUUUUUUUAUUUAUUUAUUUUUUUAAAAACAUAUUGAUCAUUUUUGCAAGCCUCAUUUAGAGCCAAACCCUUCAAAACUCUGACACCGAUGAGCUCUUUUCAGCCAUAGCCUGACUUGUUUCUUAGCUUUGCAUCACCUCUGUGCUUCUGUUCAUUAAGGUUCCUCUCCAGGUUUUCCUUUGGCUGACGAAGGAUCAGCUUGGGAACCUUUUUUCAUCUCAGACUAGCUUUAUGGAUUCUGCUGCUUAUGUCAAUUGCUGGUGCUUUUUUUUUGGGUCCCCACUUGUCUCCUGUUUCUGCCUGUCUGUGAAAAAAACACAAAUGUACUGCGGACAGAAACCCAGACUAUCAGAAAAAGUCUGAUUGAGUGUUAUGUUCCUUUAGGGACACAGGUGUUUUGUUUUUCUUCAUUUGAAAAGGUUUAUAGAUAGCAAUAUUUAAGUGUUAUUAAACAGUUUGUGUUUUCCUGUCACUGUUAAAGCCCCGGUCCAUGGGGUUGUACAAGCAGGACUGUGAAAAAUGACCUGUGGAGCUUUUGGUUGAAAUAAAUAAACACAAUAUAACAGCA